UCUUUUAUCCUGGCACACCGUUCACCCGAAGCACGUCGAAAACUACGCACUGAUCGUUUCGUAACUCGUGAUGCAAGUACGCGUAGGAGAGGGAAUUCUACACUAUCUCGCGUCUCGUAAAAAGAUUGCAAGGUCCAGAGCAAUCGUGUUUACUUAGAGCGCGUGCAAGGUUCUUCAUGCCUUGUAUGCAAAGUGUCUUAUUUUACUUCCUCGUAUGCGCGUAGAUUCGUAACCGCGUCCCGUGCUCGGAGUACGAAUUAAUCGCGAGACGAAGGACGUCGUCGAGCUACGACCCGACGCCAUCCAAAAACACCUUCGACUGCCCUUGUCCGUUCGAAAUUCCAUAAACGUCCCGGGCGCAUUUUUAACGGUGCGACGAGCACGCGCAUCGAGAGGAGUCGCUUCGUUUCUUCCCGUGAUCGGAAACUGGUUUUGCGAGACAUGCCGCCGCCGAAGAAAUGCGAAAAAAGGAACUCGCACUGCAAAACCUGUCGCUGUUACGACACCUCGGAGAGCUCGGAAAGUUCGGACUAUUCGAACCUCGAUGAUACCUCCGAAACGUCGAGCUGCGAUUGUUCCGAUUGUUUGGAGUGCGAUGACGUUCCACGUCGCAAGAGAGGCGGGAAAAGAAAGACCAAAGCCGUGGCGAAGAAGGCAGCGAAGCCGAAGAAAAAGAAGCCCACAGUCCCGCGGCGUAAAAGAUGCACGACAUCGAGCACCAGUUCCUCCGGAUACAACGAGGGCCUCAAGAACGGCGGUUGCCCGUGCGAAAAAAAGAAGCCAGGGAGAAAAGUCAAAGCCUAACGUCUUCGGCUUCGCGGUUACCCCAGAAUUUUAUCCAGCGCGUUAUCGUCAGGGACGUUAAUUAUUUAUUGCAUAUACCCGCACUAUUUAUCAUCGUGAGUCAUAUACAUGUAAGAUUGCCCUAUCGCCUAUUACCAGUAAACAAAGAUAUUCCCCUUUA